UGACACCCCAACGUGCCAUCGCCAUCACCGACACAGGAAGCAGCUCACUGAGGCGAAGCCCAAGAUUUGCAGAAACCUCCUCCUCCCCCCAACAUCUCCAUUUCUUCAGCUCAAGCUCGACUGUAAGCGAAAACCCCAUCUUGAAUCUCUUCCCUCUUCACACCCAUUUCGUCUCUUUCGCUCGUAGCUCUUCGGUCGAUCGAUCCCUGUGCUUCUGGGACUGGGUUGUCGCCGCAGAGGCAAAGAAACGCUCCCUUCCCCAUGAAGGGUUCAGAUCCAGGAGCUGAGCCCCUCGCCCAGAACCUCAUCAAGCUUAUCAGCAAUGUCUGCUUCUCCAUCUUCGUCGUCUCCGUCCUGAUCGUCACCGUCAUCGCCAUCACCUACCAGCCCCCAGAUCCGUGGCUCGAGUCCGCCCCUGCCCUCACUAAGCUGUUCACGCAGACCGAGAAUGCCACCUUCAAGAACGACGAUUCCGUCCUCAAGACCGGCGAGGAUUUGUCCCUCCUUGCCCCCGCGGUGUCUCCCACUUCCGAGCCCAUCUCGUCCGCCGAGCCGCCGCCGCCUAUCGAGCGGGCCGGAGAGGUGAUCGCGAAUUCGAACCCCAAGCCCGAGCCCUUAUGUGAUGAGGCCGCCCUGCUGCCCGUCAAUUGUUCGGAUCCCCGUGUUCUGGUCGCCGUUAAGAGGUUCAAUGCCAGAGCCUUCAGGUCUAUUGUGUUCCUGGGGUAUCAAACUCCGGUUAACGGUUCGAAAACCGACGAGUGCGACGUCGCGUGGAGGUUCAGGAACAGGAGGGAGAAAUCUUGGAGGAAGUACAGGGACUUUAGGAGAUUCAAGAUUGGCAUUGGAGAGCACUGCACUUACAAAGUGGUGCAUCCAGGCGCUUGGCAUUCGGGGGUCAAUGCGCGGCCGGCGAAGAGCAGCAGAUUCAACGCCACUAGGAGCGGCAAGAAGCCGAAGGUUCUAACACCAGCUAGGGACGACGAGAUCAAUGACACCAUACCGACUCUCGAAUCGAAUAUGAGUUUCAGGAAGGGGAGGUACUUGUACUACUCGCGCGGAUCGGAUUACUGUAAAGGGAUGAAUCAUUAUCUGUGGAGCUUCCUCUGCGGGCUUGGCGAGGCGAUGUACCUCAAUCGCACUUUCGUGAUGGAUCUGAAGAUUUGCCUGGCAGCAACGUACAACCCGAGCAAGAAAGAUGAGGAAGGGAAGGAUUUCCGGUUCUAUUUCGACUUUGAGCAUCUCAAGGAGACGGCUUCAAUCGUGGAGGAGAGCGAGUUCUGGAGCGAUUGGAAGAAAUGGGAUGAGACUCACAAGAAGAAGGUACCGGUGAAGAAGGUCGGGACUCAUAAAAUCGCGCCGAUGCAGCUCAAGAACGAUAAAAGCACGAUUAUAUGGAGGCAAUUCAAUGCACCGGAGGAGACGGAGAAUUACUGGUACAGGGUCUGCGAAGGGCAGGCUGCGAAUUACAUUCGCAGGCCAUGGCACGCGAUCUGGAAGUCAAAGAGAUUGAUGAACAUUGUCACGGAGAUCAGUGGAAGAAUGGACUGGAAUUUCGAUGCGGUCCAUGUGGUUCGUGGGGAGAAGGCGCAGAACAAGGCGCUCUGGCCUCACCUGGAUUCUGAUACGUCCCCUGAUGCCAUUCUUGCUAAGCUCCGGGAGGUGAUUCAGCCGUGGAGGAACCUAUACGUGGCGACGAACGAGCCCUUUUACAACUACUUCGACAAAUUGAGGUCUCAGUACAAGGUGCAUCUGCUCGAUGAUUACAGGGAGCUGUGGGGGAAUAAGAGCGAGUGGUACAAUGAGACCACGCUUCUUAACAAUGGGAAGCCGGUCGAAUUCGAUGGUUAUAUGAGGGUGGAAGUGGACACCGAGGUACUAUACCGGGCAAAGACCCAAGUCGAAACUUUCUACAACCUAACCAAAGAUUGCAAGAAUGGAAUCAAUACAUGCUGAAGCUGAAGAACUUGCAAGAUUGCAAGUUCGAUGCCCUCAUAUAAUUUCUUCCGCCUGUUGACCCGCGGUUUUGGUGUGUCUUUGGAAUCUGGGACGGAAUUCUUUAGGAAAUUUGUUGCCUAGCCAUACAGGUCAGUUCUUUCAUUUGCAUUGAUGUUCGGCGAUCUAAUGAGCAGGCCAAUUCACACUUGUAACAUAGUCUGUUUUUGUUAUAGUCUUCAUCAUUGCCAUUGCAUCGACAGAUGGGAGU